CCUUAAAUGGGGACAGAUUCAUUGUUAUUAGAUGAUCGAGAGACGUUAUCGAUUGAUUAUCACUGAUUAAAGAAAAACAAACCAAAAACAGAAAAGCGAGAAAAAAUCGAUGACUUUGAUUUGAGACCCGCGUAUUGACUUCACUCUGAGGCACGGGAGUUUCCAGUGAAUUUCCUAUGUAAUUAUAUAUGAAUUAUGAAACCCUCCUGUGUAUAUAACAAUCAGAUACCCACUAAAUCUCAUCAUCGCUUUUGAGCUCCUCUUCAACAGUUUGAGGGUUCAAUGACCCAGAAUCAAUCUACACUAUUUAGCAGUGGAUUAGAGUUGGCAUCUUUCGUGGCCAGCUCUGACCUUCUCACUUCUUCAUGUAAGCUCAUCUCAGACCUGUACGCCGAAACCCAUUCAAACCAGAAUCUAUUCUUCAAAAUAGAUAGCGAAUCAGGUUUGACAGUUAUAGCGUUUGGGUCAACCCAAAAUCAUGCUCAAUCUGAUUUGCUUCCUUUUUCGAUCGACAUGAACGACAAUCCCUUCAAAUUUAUCUGUUCCAAAACCAACCCCAAGUUCUCUCUUAAUCAGUUUGUAUUUUCCCUGUUCAAUGAAUACCGAACCCAGCUUGGUCAACUAAAAUCCGAGAUCGAUCUCAAAAAACCAGUGAUUGUUACUGGGCAUGCUGUUGGAGGAUCAAUUGCUUCUCUUUUCACUUUAUUGCUGUUAGGAGAUGUGAAGCCAAUAGCGGACAAGCGUCCACUAUGUAUCACCUUUGGGUCUCCACUUCUUGGAGACCAGAACCUUCAACAUGCUUUAUCUCAAAGUUCUUAUUUGAACUCUUGCUUUCUACAUGUGAUCUCUCUCAAGGACCCAUGUCUUGCCUCCCCAAUUUCUGAUGACUACAGAUCCUUUGGAAUAUUCCUUUUGUGUUCUGAUCAUGGCUCUGCUUGUUUUGAGAACCCUGAUUCUAUUCUGAAGAUUCAAAAGGCCACGAGUCAGCUGAAUCAAAGGCUGCAAAUUCAUGAUUAUGGAAAUAUUGUGGGGAAUCUUAAUCACAAGGCAAUUUGCAAAGACUAUGGUGUUCCCAACAGCAUCCCUAAUUCUAAUCAGCUCAAGGCAUGCCUCAGUUUGCAGUUAUGUGCUCUGGGAUUUCCACAAUUGCAGCAGGAAAUUAUCCUGGAGAAUUUGGUAGAAGAACUGCAGGAAGUGCAAAAGACUCUGGAUAAGAGGAAACGGUUUGUCCCAAACACGAAAUUGGAUGACAUGAAAAUAAAUAUGGCCUGUUUGGAGUGGUACAAGAAGGAAGCGAAUAGGAAGGGAAUGGGGUAUUACGACUGUUCUAAGAUGGAAUAUGUUGAGUCUGACCAGGAUAUAAUCAGGUACAGGAAGGAACUCAACCUAUACUGGGAACAGAUGGUGGAAGAGGUAGAGAAACAGCCCCAGAAAGAAGGUGCAGCUUUUCGUACCCGAUGGCUCUUUGCUGGGACUAAUUACAGGAGAAUGGUGGAACCAUUAGACAUUGCUUGUUACUACAAGGAGGGAAAAAGAGACUACAUAAAACAAGGAAGAUCUGAGCAUUAUAAGCUGCUAGAGAAGUGGAUGGAAAGUGACAAGAAGAAACCUGGUAGUAAUGAGUUGGAAAAUAGGCAGAACGUACGAUCUAUAUUGACGUUGGAUUCUUGCUUUUGGGCACAUGUCGAAGAGGCUCUCAUUUCGUCUCAAAAACUUAAGGCUGUAGCAUCCAAUGCAACAGAGAAGCAAGAGGCGGUGAAUAGUUUGGAUGAGUUUGAGAAGUAUGUUUAUGGGUUGCUAAAGAAGUAUGCAGUUUCACCAGAGAUUUUCUUGGAGAAAAGUAGCUUCAUGCGUUGGUGGAAGGAGUACUAUACAAUCAAGGGAGCUUCCCAUGAUUCUGAACUUGCCAGCUUCAUGAAGAAUCCAGCCAAUUAUGAUGAGUAUGAGAAAGGUGCUUACGAUUUUCGCUGAGAAACCAAGCUUUUUAAGUGGCAAAUUGUAUGCAGGAGUUCUAGGGCUUCCAAAUACAUUAGGAUUUCAGUUUAGUUCGCUUUCAAUUUAUGUUCUAUUUCUCUAAGUGAUUUUGAAGGUUUAGUUUCUUUAUAUUGAAUGGAUGCUUGUAAAUUAUCGUAUUUUUUAACAUGAUUUUUGUGGGAGAA